GCCUGCGCCGGGCCUGGCGCGAGGGGCGCGGCCCCGGCGGCACAGACAGCGCGGCUGCGGACCGGGACGCACCAUGUGCGGCAUCUUUGCUUACCUGAACUACCAUGUGCCCCGGACCAGGAGGGAGAUCCUGGAGACGCUCAUCAAGGGGCUGCAGCGCCUGGAGUACCGGGGCUACGACUCUGCAGGUGUGGGACUGGAUGGAGGAAAUGACAAAGACUGGGAGGCCAAUGCUGGCAAAAUCCACAUUAUCAAGCAGACGGGGAAGGUGAAGGCUCUGGAUGAAGAGGUUCACAAGCAGCAGGACAUGGACCUGGACAUCGAGUUUGACGUGCACCUGGGCAUCGCCCACACGCGCUGGGCCACGCACGGGGAGCCCAAACCGGUGAACAGCCACCCGCAGCGCUCCGACAGGAACAACGAGUUCAUUGUCAUCCACAACGGCAUCAUCACCAACUACAAGGACCUGCAGAAGUUCCUGGAGAGCAAGGGCUACGAGUUCGAGUCGGAGACGGACACGGAGAGCAUCGUCAAGCUGGUCAAGUACAUGUACGACAACCGCGACAGCGACGACAUCAGCUUCUCCACGCUGGUGGAGAGGGUCAUCCAGCAGCUGGAAGGGGCUUUUGCCCUUGUGUUCAAGAGUGUUCAUUACCCUGGGCAGGCAGUCGGUACCAGGAGAGGCAGCCCCCUCCUCAUCGGCGUGCGCAGCGAGCACAAGCUGUCCACAGACCACAUCCCCAUCCUCUACAGGACAGGGAAGGACAAGAAGGGGAGCUGCAACCUGUCCCGAGUGGACAGCACCACCUGCCUCUUCCCCGUGGAGGAGAAAGCUGUGGAGUAUUACUUUGCUUCUGAUGCCAGCGCCGUCAUCGAGCACACCAACCGCGUGAUCUUCCUGGAGGACGACGACGUGGCGGCCGUGGUGGACGGCCGUCUGUCCAUCCACCGCGUCAAGCGCACGGCCGGCGACCACCCGGGCCGGGCCGUGCAGACCCUGCAGAUGGAGCUGCAGCAGAUCAUGAAGGGUAACUUCAGCUCGUUCAUGCAGAAGGAAAUAUUUGAGCAGCCAGAAUCUGUUGUUAAUACCAUGAGAGGAAGGGUCAACUUUGAUGACUACACAGUGAACCUGGGGGGGCUCAAGGAUCACAUCAAGGAGAUCCAGAGGUGUCGGCGCCUGAUCCUCAUCGCCUGUGGCACCAGCUACCACGCAGGAGUGGCAACCCGGCAGGUGCUGGAGGAGCUGACGGAGCUGCCUGUCAUGGUGGAGCUGGCCAGUGACUUCCUGGACAGGAACACGCCCGUGUUCAGGGACGAUGUCUGCUUCUUCCUCAGCCAGUCAGGGGAGACUGCAGACACGCUGAUGUGCCUGAGGUACUGCAAGGAGAGGGGAGCCCUGACCGUGGGCAUCACCAACACCGUGGGCAGCUCCAUCUCCCGCGAGACCGACUGCGGGGUGCACAUCAACGCGGGCCCCGAGAUCGGCGUGGCCAGCACCAAGGCCUACACCAGCCAGUUCGUGUCCCUGGUGAUGUUUGCCCUGAUGAUGUGUGACGACAGGAUCUCCAUGCAGGAGCGGCGCAAGGAGAUCAUGAGGGGGCUCAAGGGGCUGCCAGACCUGAUCAAGGAGGUGCUGAGCAUGGAUGAUGAGAUCCAGAAGCUGGCCACGGAGCUGUACCACCAGAAGUCUGUGCUCAUCAUGGGACGGGGCUACCACUAUGCCACGUGUCUGGAGGGAGCCUUGAAAAUCAAAGAAAUCACCUACAUGCACUCGGAGGGGAUCCUGGCUGGGGAGCUGAAGCACGGGCCCCUGGCCCUGGUGGACAAGCUGAUGCCUGUGAUCAUGAUCAUCAUGAGAGACCACACCUAUGCCAAGUGCCAGAACGCCCUGCAGCAGGUCAUUGCGCGGCAGGGCCGGCCCGUGGUGAUCUGCGACAAGGAGGACAUCGAGACCAUCAAGAACAACAAGAGGACGAUCAAAGUGCCCCACUCGGUGGAUUGCCUGCAGGGCAUCCUGAGCGUCAUCCCCCUGCAGCUGCUGGCCUUCCACCUGGCCGUGCUGCGCGGCUACGACGUUGAUUUUCCAAGAAAUCUGGCCAAGUCCGUAACUGUAGAGUGAAAGAUCAUCUGACUCAUAGGGGCAAAGGGGAAUUAAAUGAAAAGACUUUUUUUGGUACCAAAAUAACUCGAUUUUAAAGCCCCCUAGGUAAAUCUUAUUUUGGUAAACCGCUGUUUGUGUACAAGAUCACCACAAUUCCAUUGCAUUAGUGAUUGUCCCGUUGAUUCCACGUGCUCCAUCAAUAGCUCUGGGGUUGUUUUUUUUAUUUUGAUCAAUAGGCUUCCAUGAAAGAUGUUCAAUGGUUUUCCUAAAGAUUGCUGAGUGCUGUAGGUGAGGGGUUACUCUGGCUGAGCCCAGGCAGUGCUGGGAGAGCUCUGCAGGAUCCUCAGUGUCCUGUGGGGACAGCAGGACACACAGCUGCAACAGGAAUUUCACCAGUGCAGGCAAACCUUGGGCUGAGCUCUGCCCCAGGAGCAGGAGGGGAUUCAGCACAGCCUGGGUAAGGCCCUGCUGCUCCAGAGGGGUUUAAUCCGGCCAAACCCAGGGCAGGUGACAAUCCUGUGGCCAGGGGGACCCAGCAGGGCCAGGGCUGGGGGCACAGGGGUGGCAGGGCUGGCUCUGAGCUGCUGCUGCUGCUGCUGCUGCUUGGGGCUGUUAAAGCAAGGGGAGCUUGUGCUGUGCUGAGGGUUUCCCCUGGAACUGGGAGCACACCUGGGUGUGACAGAUCUGAGUGUGACACGCCUGGAUGUGACAGUUCUGAGUGUCCCAGCUGUGUGACACAUCUGGAUGUGACACACCUGGGGUGACCCAGCUCUGUGACUUCAACACACCUGAAGGGCAUAAAAAGGCUCCAUAAACACGACAGAAAUAACCUUUGAAAAUUGCCUUGGUAAUUAAGGAAUUACCUAAAGAAAUUACCUUGGUAAUAUGUCUGUGACAGGCUUGAAGGGAAUCAAAAAUGCCACAGAAAAUAAUACUCAAAAUGCCGCAGAAAAUACUCAGAAUGGCACAGCAAACACCCCUUCAGGACUGAAAACCUGACUUUCCAGAGUCACCAAAGGGCAGUUAUUGUGUGUUUCCUCAUGUGCAAAGGUGAAUUUCCUCCCCCUUUGCUGGGAUUUGAAUUGGCUCUCCACAGGCACUGUCAGACCGUGCCAUAAGGUGUGAAACAGUGCUGGGGGUGUUCCAGGUGAUUUACUGCCCUGAGAAAUGGCUUUGGCAAAUGGGCAGUGCCCAGUUCCCCUGGCACAGGGGCUGCUCCCAAAGAUUCUCUGGAAUUCCGUGUUUUAUAAACCCCCAGGGACUCUCCAGUUCAGUUCAGUGCCCAGAUGAAUUUCAAUUGAUGAAAUGAAAUGCUGAGUGCCUGCAAAAGCCCCUCAGAGCCAGAGCCUGUGUUUAUUAACCUGUCCCACUGUUGGUUUGUGAGCACGCCGUGCUGCCAGCGUCUGCUUGAGAGCAAAAAGUGGGAAUUGCAGCAUUUUGGGUCAGCAAAAGCUCCGUGUGUGCGAGGCCCUGCCCUGCCACAGCUGUGCCCUUCAGUGCAGGGGAAAACAAAUUGUGCAGUGCUCACAGUGGCAGAGAGCUCCCCAUCUUCCUCCUCCUCCUCUUCCUCCUCCCAAAGCCCUGCAGGGCUGGGUCCAGGCUGGGUUCCCCCUGGCCCAGGGAUGUGCAGUGCCCCAUCCUUUGCUCUCAGAACGGCGCCUGCUAAUUAAUAUUAAUUACACAUUAAUAUUAAUUAAUAAACACUCAUUAAAACCCCCACGAGGGGAUGACGGGGGGCCUUUUUCUGUCCCCCCUGGCACAGAGCAUUGGGCCAGCCAGCCCUGGAGAAUUUUAGUGCAGGAGUUUCAGUGCAGGCUGUGGCACCUUGGGGAGAGCCAAGGGGACCAAAGACCCGAGUUGGGAGUGUUCAGUGGUUGUGCUGAGCUCUCUGAGGGAUUUCCCUGCCACACCCCGUCGUUGUUGUUGUUGUUGGUGCAGUGGGAAUGCACAAAGGACUCUCUCUGCCUUUCCUUACCUCAUUCUGCCCCCCUGUUGCAUUUCUGAACGGAUGAUGCUCCUCUUCCCCUUAGGAAAAGACUUGUAGGGUGUCUCGUGGUAUUUAUUGACAGCCAGUCAGCCUUCUGCUCUCCCAAAUGAAUGUUUUGCUUACUGAGCCAGUGAAAUCCUCUCCUGCCUCGCUGAGGGGUUGAAACAUUCAGCAGUCCUGUCUCUAAAAUUGAGCCACAGGUAAACACAAACCUCCAGAGCCCUUUGCUGUCACAGAUUAUUCUGGUGUGAGGAGGUUUUAAUUCCCCAAAGCUCAGCCCACCUUUCUGCCCAGCAGUUCUCACCCCGAUUCCACACUCCAGUUAAGCUGCACAUGGAAUUUGCUGCAGCCAGAAAGGUUUUUUUGGGUAUUUUUCCCCCCUGGCUGUGAUGCAGAAGGGCUCUGGGCAGUUUUUUCUUCCCCAGAUUUUCUGUGCAGAGCCCAUCAGUGCCCGGGGCUGGGCAGGGCAUCUCCUGCUGCCCCAAAAGCUGCUGAGAGAGCCAGAACAGCAGAGGAAUGACAGAAAUGCAGACUCUGGUGAGGAAGGCUCCUCCCCAGCCUCCCUUUUAAAUGAAAUCUGCCCUCUGCAGUCAUCCCUGCCUCUCUAGGAAGGUAAUAAAAAUCCAGUUUCUCUGCCCUUUGAACAGCCAGUUUGAUCCUGACUUUGGAUUCCAAACAUUCAGUUUCCAAGCCACCGAGGUCUCCCGCAAGUGAAGAUUAUAAUUUUAUUUAAGCAACAAGACAAAGGGCAGGGAGUUUUAGUGCAGUAAAAUCAUUAAUGAUGGGAUAAUUGUGGCACCAGCUGGGCUGAUUUGGGAGCUCUGCUCUGCUCAUUGCACUGCAGGCACCCACAGUUGGGUGGAUGGAGGGAGAGGAUGAAAUUAAAUAGUUCAAGUAGCAGGUCAGUGUUUAGCUGUGGCUGAUUUUAGAUCCUGCCUGAAUGUACCAAAUUGCCUCAAAGCAUGGAGUCCCUCCUCUUCACCAGGACAGGAAGAAGAAGAAACAGAAGUAUUUGGGUUGGCAAAAAAAAAAAAAAAAAAAAAAAGGAAAAAAAAAAGGAAAGAAAACUUUAUUUGCCUUCAAUUCAGUUUCUGUAAAUAGAGAUUUGAGUGGCAAACCCACAUUUGUCCCUUGUAGAUUCUGUGCUGUACAUAUCCAGCUGGCUGGGGCUGUGGGACCAGACUGUGUUUGUCGUGUGCUCUAGGAGAUGUCUUUUAUUCUGUCUGUAGUGUUUAUUAUCAUUUGGGUUUUGUCUCUUUGCUUACUGUUUUUGUAUCUCACCCUUUGAAUAAAAUCAAGUGCCCUACAUUAACCAAA